ACUUAAUUAGCAUCAAAAUAACAAACCGGAUUUUCAAUGACACUCUCAGAGAUCCAGACUCAACAGAUUAUAAAAAUCUCCGGGAGGAAGUUGAAUCAUUGUUCCAGAGUGCCUUCAAUGGCACCAGUGUCCAAUACCAAAGAGUAACACGCAUGAUUUUCAGCAAUGGGUCUGUCAUUGCAAAUUCAACAACACAGUUUGAAGCAUCCGAAAUAAAUUCAAAUAUAGUUACAUUUGAAGUUAAUAAUGCAAAGUCCCCCCUGCUUCUACAAGAAUCUUUUACUGAAGUUACUGAGGCCAUCUCAUCAAAAAAUGGCACUAAUAAUGAAACAACCGAGUCAGCAACCACUACAGGACCAAUGACUACGAGAGUGUCACCUAGCCAGACCAUCAACACAACAGCCACCACCGAGACUGCGUCAAUGCAGCACAGUGCUGGAGGAAACACCUCAGGAAGAGACACCUCAGUCCCUGGCUGGGGCAUUGCCCUUCUGGUCUUGGCAGCAUUGAUCCUUCUCAUCCUUCUCAUCUUCCUUGUUUUCCUGGUGUAUUUUUGUUGUUGCCGGAGUGGAGGGAGAGGUUUCAUGAAUGUGUCUGAUCCUACCCCCUACAUGCCCUUUAACCCAGACAUCCCCAUGUACUCAACCCACACCACCAUUGAUCUACCACCCAAUGGUAAACCCUAUGUGGACGAUAAUCUCAAGAACAGAAGUGGAAUGUAUGUGGUGAAUCCUAGCGUGAAGUGAUAGUCAGGAUGGCUGUCUUAUGGAAGGUGUGAGAGGACAAUAACUGGUUCAACCACCAAAUAGUGUGCCACUAAAGAAUAAUCAAAAUGUACUGUCUGAUUACAACAAUCACUGAAUUGUGAAAUAAGUACCACAAAUGUUUUAUACUCAACCAAUUCUUUUUUAAACAUAUAUAGAUUUUUUUUUCUCUUUAUCAAAUGUUCAUCUUAUUGUUGUACUGUCUGUAAGUUAUUGAAUAUGGGAAUUUGAAA